CAAUGAAAUCGCGCUCCUCCUCCUCCUCAUGAGUGCAGCGAAGAUGGCGCAGGACAGAAAGGUGCCCAGCGAUCUCUACCAGCAUGUGUACUCGUUUCUCGUGGAGAACAAGUUCAGUAAAGCCGCGAAAGAGUUCAUAAAGCAGGCCAAAGUGAAACCUCAGGACCAAAAUGAGGACAAUCUUCUGGAUAUCUUCAGUUUUUGGGUGAAGUCCCCAGAGACUAAAAAGCGAAAAGCGGUCGCCAAUGGCCCCGCGGCUGUCAACGGCCCCUCAGCUAAGAAAGCAAAGAAAGAUAAAGAGAGUUCCAGUGAAGACUCCAGCAGUGAUGAGGAAGAUGCUGCACCUGCAAAGAAAGUCACAAAAGUAAAAGCUCCUGUUCCAGUGAAGCCAGCAGCUUCAAAAGCAGAAAGCAGCAGCUCUGAAGACUCAAGUGAAUCUGAAGAUGAGGCUAAAGCUCCAGUGAAGACACCCGUGGCUGUGAAAGCCGUUGUUAAGCCUGCAGUGGUGGCCAGGAAAAAAGACAGCAGUUCCAGCAAUGAAGAGUCAGACUCUGAUGAGGAGCCCUCUAAAACUCCAGCUAAAGGGGCCAAACCCAUAGCUUCGACCCCUAAGCUGGCGUCCACUCCUGCAGCUGCAGCUCAGAAGAAGCAAGACAGCAGCAGCGAGGAUAGCUCGAGUGAAUCUGAGGAUGACGCACCAGCUAAGACAGCGGUAAAAGCACCCGUCCCGGUGAAGACCCCUCCAGUCAAGCCAGCAGCCCCUGCAGAGUCCAGCAGUGAAGAGUCAUCCUCUGAUGAAGAAGAGACUCCUCCUACUAAGAAACCCAAGACUGGACAGUUCAGUGCUGUUCCGCCUCCUGGGACACUGACAGCGUCUGCUCCAGUCAAAGCUAAAAAAGCCCCUGCAGCCCCAGUAAAGACUGUGACCCCCAAACCUGCAGCUAAGAAAGACUCCAGUUCUGACAGCUCUGAUUCAAGCUCAGAGGAUGAGGUACAGAAGCCAGUGGUGAAAGCCGCACCGGCUAAAGCAGCUCCAGUUAAGCCAGCGCCUGCAAAGAUCUCUCCUGCUCAGGAGGAGGAAUCUUCAAGCUCAGAUUCAAGCUCGGAGGAUGAAGUGGCAAAACCAGCUGCUAAAACCACAACUGCAAAGGUUGUGCCUGCUAAAGUCACACAAGUCAAAGCCGCGGCUGUCAAAGUCACCCCUGCUGCAGACGAGUCUUCAUCUUCUAGUUCUGAUGACUCUGAUGAUGAGGAUGUGGCAAAGAAACCAGCCACAACAGUUGUCCCGGUUAAACCUGCGCCAGCCAAGAAAGCUCUGGCUAAAGUCACACCCACUGCAAAACAAUCAUCGUCUAGUUCUGAAGACUCUGAGGAUGAGGAACCAGCCACAAAACCUGCUCCAGCGAAGGCUGCCCCUGCUAAAGCUGCCCUUCCAAAGGCGGCAACUGCUAAGAAAGACGAAUCCUCAAGUUCAGAUUCAGAUAGUUCUGAAGAUGAGGCACCAGCUAAACCAGCAGCUGCUCCCAAACCUGUGAGCACUCCGAAACCUGCAGCUAAACCUGCGACAAAGACCGCUGAAAGCAGCUCUGACUCGGACAGCUCUUCAGAGGACGACGAGGAACCUAAAAAAAAAACUGCCACCACACAAGUAUCCAAACUGGCUGCUACUCCAGCAAAACCAGCCCCAGCCAAACCUACUCCUGCAGCUAAACCUGCGACAAAGCCCGCUGAAAGCAGCUCUGACUCGGACAGCUCUUCAGAGGACGAUGAGGAACCUAAAAAAAAACAUGCCACCACACCGGUAUCUAAACUGACUGCUACUCCAGCAAAACCAGCCCCAGCCAAACCUACUCCUGCAGCUAAACCUGCAACAAAGCCCGCUGAAAGCAGCUCUGACUCGGACAGCUCUUCAGAGGAAGAUGAGGAGCCUCAAAAGAAACCUGCCACAACACCGGUAUCUAAACCCGCUGCUACUCCAGCAAAACCAGCCCCUAAAGCCACUGUUAAACCAGCCGAAAGCAGCUCAGACAGCUCUUCAGAGGAAGACGAGGAACCUCAAAAGAAGCCUGCCACCACGCCGCUAUCUAAACCCGCUUCAACCCCAGCCAAACCCACUCCUACAGCUAAACUAGCCCCUAAACCGGCCAAAAGCAGUUCGGACUCCGACAGCUCUGACUCGGAGGAUGAGACUCCAGCUCCUAAGACGGCUAAACCAACAGCGAAUGUUGCAAAGAGCCCUGCGUCUGAUGCCAAAACCCCUGUACUGGCCAGCAAGCCUGCAGCCGAGUCUAGCAGCAGUGACUCUGACAGCUCCAGUGAAGAUGAGGCACCAGCUAAGACAACCGUGACUCCCAAAGUCACGGCGACCAAUGCUAAACCUGCGGUCGGCAACGGAAAGGCUGCAACAAAAACCCCCACCUCUGCAGCGAAGAUGCCGGCCAAAAAGACAGCCGAGUCUUCAUCCUCAAGUGACAGCAGUUCACAAGAGGAGGAGCAGCAGCCAAAAACACCAGUCGUGAAAACACUGCCUGCUACAAAAACACCGGCUGCUAAAGCCAAAGCAGAGAGCAGCUCAUCAGAGGACUCUUCAUCUGAGGACGAGGAAACAACAGAAGCCCCCAAGACUCCUGCUACUUCAGCAAACGGCACACAGAACAAAAGAAAGAGGGAUAAGGAAGAAAAGACCCCCAAGAAUAAGACAAUCACCACAUCCACACCUCAGACUUUUCCCCAAGUCAAACAGAAGGCAAGCAAUGCUCCUUUCCGUAGAAUAAGAGACGACGAGAUUGAUGUGGACCCCCGCCUAGCAGACAAUUCUUUUGAUGCCAAGUUGGGAGCCAAUGGAGACUGGGGACAGAAAGCCAACAACGUUCUUAAAUUCACCAAGGGCAAAUCUUUCCGCCAUGAGAAGACUAAGAAAAAGCGCGGCAGUUACAGAGGCGGUGCCAUCUCCACCUCCGUGAACUCCAUCAGGUUCGACAGUGACUGAGAACCAAACCAAACAAGCAACAUCAGAACUCACUCCAUCUAUUUCUCUUCUUUGCUGUAUGAGGUCUAGCCAGUGCUGUUCUGGCCCAUCUACCCUCUCUUCCUGCACGGCUGGCAGUUUACUGACACGGUUUUACGUUCAGUACCAUUGUGCCAGCAUAGACUGAAGGCAGCAACAGAAAGUAGUCAGGUCCAUAUACAUUCUUUGAUGCAGUUAGACAUGGCAACCACAUGGUGGCGCUGGUUCAUUGAGUGUUGCAAAUAUAAAGCCUCUUGAUUGGCUUCAAUGUAAAAAAUCUGUUUUUGACUUGGGUUUGACAGAUUAUGUAUGCACAUUCUAAAAGCCAAUUGUUAAUAAUGUACUAGAAAUUACAAAAAGAUGAGUUUUUUUUUAAUGUGAUAUCCCUUUGUUGGAAGAAAUGAGGAUAAAUGUCGAGUUGUCUCACUGAUGGUCAUUUCAAUAUAACAAAUGUCAUUUUUAUGCUUGUGUUAACAUUUACGAGCCUAUCCAUAUAUUUUGAGCCUGGUUACUUUUUUGUGUACGGUUCCAUUUUAAUUAGAAGCCAUAUAGUUAAUGACUCCGCCCAUUUCUGUUUGACUGACACUGGAACACCUGAAUUGGAACAACACAUUUAUCCUCAUAAAAUUUUAGUAGUUUUUGAUAUUUUAUUGUCCAUUCUGUGUUACACAGGGUUUUGUCAUUUUUCUCCCUCAUCAGUCUUAUAACUGUAAUUAAAAUCUCGACUGAUGAACCACAACUG